ACAAGUAAGGAGAUAUAUAUCUUGGUAAAAAAUAUGGCAAGUACUACAACUCAUUCUAUUUGGGAAUGGAUGAUGAUAAUGGCAGUGUCAGUGUUGGUGAAUGAAAUGUAUUGUCAUGGGUGUUGGGAGGAAGAGAGGAUUGCUCUGCUGCACCUCAAAGCUUCCAUCACCUACUCAAAUGGCAACCUUUUGCCUUCUUGGGUGGAUAAUAAAUCAUCCAAUUGUUGUCAGUGGGAAAGGGUUCAAUGCAGUAACACUUCAAGCCGAGUAAUUCAACUCUCUCUUAAUUAUACAAGAGGUUGGAAAUCUAGAGAUUGGUAUUUCAAUGCUUCUCUAUUUCUUCCAUUUAAAGAGAUCAAGACUCUUGAAUUAAGUGAGAAUGGAUUAGUUGGUUGGGCUCAUAAUGAAGGUUUCGAAAGACUUUCUGAAUUGAUAAAUCUUGAAAUUCUUGAUUUGAGUUGGAAUGAAUUCAAUAAUAGUAUUAUUCUAGAAUAUGUUGGUGGAAUCUCAUAUUUGAAGUGUCUAAAUCUCGAAGGUAAUCAGUUGGGAAGCUCUAUUCAUUUAACAAGUUUUGAAAGACUUUCUGAAUUGAUAAAUCUUGAAGUUCUUGAUUUGAGUGACAACAAUUUCAAUAAUAGUAUUAUUCUAGAAUUUGUUGGUGGAAUCUCAUCUUUGAAGUCUCUAAAUCUCGAAGGUAAUAAGUUGGGAAGCUCUUUUAAUUUGACAAGUUUUGAAAAACUUUCUAAGUUGACCAAUCUUGAAUUUCUUGAUUUGAGUUCAAACGAGAUCAAUAACUCAAAAAUUCUAGAAUUUAUUGGUGGAAUUUCAUCUUUAAAGUUUCUGAAUCUUAGAGAUAAUAGCUUGGAAAGUUUGGGUGAUUUGACAUGUUUGAACGAGGAAUCGAAAUUGACAAAUCUAAAGGUUCUUGAUUUGUCUUUUAAUUCGAUAACAUGCAUCAUAUGGUAUUCUUUAAAAGGAUUUCCUUCACUGAGAAUAUUGGAUUUGACUGGAAAUUACAUGAACAAGAGUAUUUCUAGCCAAGACUUAGAAAACGUGAGCCCCUUGGAAGAAUUGUACUUGGACUAUGCUACCCUACCCAAUGACUUUCUUUCAAACAUCGGUGCCAUGACAUCACUUCAGGUUUUGUCAUUGAGUGGAUCAAGACUCACUGGGUCUCUGCCCUCCCAUCAAGGUUUGUGUAAAUUAAAGACUCUUCAAGAGAUUGACUUGAGCAAUAAUGGACUGGGGGGUCAAUUGCCUUGGUGCUUGACAAACUUGACAUCUCUUAGGUUUCUAGAUAUCUCUGUCAACCAAUUAACUGGGAACAUUGCAUUGUCUCCUCUUGCCAAUCUCAUAUCUUUGGAAUAUCUUAUCCUUUCAAAUAAUAAUUUUCGAGUCCCCAUCUCAUUCAAGUCAUAUUACAACCAUUCCAAACUUACAAACCUUGAAAGUGUCAACAACAUAUUUUUGGAAGAAAAGGACAUUCUUGGCUCAACCCCAAGUUUUCAAUUGAUUCAAAUCCAUCUUUCUAGUUCUGAACAUGACAAAAACACUCCCAUUUCUCUGCCCAACUUUUUAUACUAUCAAAAUCAACUCAAAAUAGUUGAGCUCUCUGGAUUUGAUUUUGGAGGAACAUUCCCAAUGUGGUUGUUGAAGAAUAAUACUGGACCACUAGUACUUACCUUGACAAAGAACUCAUUUUAUGAACCUUUCCAAUUGCCCUCGUCUCCGAUGACACAAGUUGUAGCAUUAGAUAUCUCCAACAAUAAUUUCUAUGGUGCCAUCCCAUACGAGAUUGGUAGUUCUUUCCCCAAGUUAGAAUUGCUAAACAUGUCUAGAAAUAACUUUGAAGGCGUGAUUCCAUCUUCAUUAGGAGACAUAACCAAUCUACAAUUUCUAGACUUGUCAAAUAAUCAAUUAUCCAGUAAAAUUCCUAUACAUUUGGCAAUGGGUUGUAACUUAUUGGAAGUGCUAAAACUAUCAAACAACAACUUGACAGGCCCUAUACUACCUCCUCAAAAUAACUUGCGAAGCUUAAUAAUAUUGCAUUUGGAUGAAAAUAAGUUCACAGAAAUCCCACACAACCUAUCCAACAGUAGUGGCUUGAUUCUAUUGAAUCUUAGUCGUAAUCAUCUUGAAGGUGAGUUUCCUGUUGAGUUUUGUCAAUUUGAUAGACUAGAACUAUUAGAUCUUUCUUACAACAAUUUCACUGGGAUAAUACCGUCUUGCUUCAAUGUGGAAGACCUAAUGCAAAUUCAACUAUCCAAUAAUAGGCUAAAUGGACUGUUUCCAAAGGUGUUCCAUCGAUCAAUGAAUGACAUAAGAAUGAUAGAUAUUUCAAAUAACCAUUUUAAUGGCACCAUUCCAAAUUGGAUCGACAAUCUUUCUUGGUUAAGCAUUCUUAUCUUGAAAAAUAACCACUUUGAAAGUAAUAUCCCAGAUUCGAUUUGCCACUUAUCUAAGUUAACUCUGAUUGAUCUUUCUUCCAAUAAGUUUUCAGGAAACAUUCCUCCUUGCUUGAAUAAUAUCUCAUUUGAGGUAAAAAAGGAAAUACUAAGGUAUUCGCUUUCAACUGUUUAUUGUAAUACACUACCCUUGAAGCCUAACCUAAAGAUUUAUAGUCAUUUUGGUAAUUUUAUGCCUUGUAGAAAUAGUUAUGAAAUCUUGUUCUCGGCUAAAGGAUUUUUCUAUUCACAAGUGGAGUUCACAACCAAAGGAAUUACCUUGCCCUACAUAGGAGAGCCUCUAUUCCUUUUUUCAGAAAUUGAUUUCUCCAACAACAAAUUAGCUGGCCACAUACCACCUAAAAUUGGCAACCUUAACAAAAUCAAAGCACUGAACCUCUCCCACAACAACUUGAUUGGAGGAAUCCCCAUAACAUUUUCCAAGUUACAGAAUAUAGAGAGUUUGGAUCUUUCUCACAACAACUUGAAUGGGAAUAUCCCUUCUCAGCUUACUAAUCUAUGCUCACUGGGGACGUUCAAUGUGUCUUACAACAACUUGAGUGGAAGGAUACCUCAGGCAACAAACCAAUUUGGAACUUUUGACUCGAGUAGCUAUAUUAAGAAUCCAUUUCUUUGUGGAGAACCAUUACCAAAUAAUUGCAUAGAUUUACCUCCAUCAGUUCCAUCAGCUAAUAAUAAUGCAAGUGUGGUAUCCAACUUUAUCGAUGUGGGCACUUUUUAUAUGAGCUUUGCAGGGUCCUACACAGUUGUUUUACUAGCUGUUGCGGGAAUUUUGUAUAUAAAUCCACAUUGGAGACGAGCAUGGUUCCAUAUUAUUGAGGUUUUCAUCACCUCUAGCUACUACUUUGUUGUGGAUAAUAUGUGGAGAAUCAAAGUUGGUUUCCUUCAUAGAUAUGGAUAAUCAGCCCAUUGUAGUAAUAAUGUUGUUGUAUGUAUUUCCUACUAAACUUCUUUCUUAAGUAGUUGUUUGCAUUAAAUAAAAAUCCUCUUAGCUUUCUUUA